AUGAAGCCAUCUUUGAUCUGGUGUAGCCUUUUGGCAUGCAUUUCUCCUCUUGUGUCUGCCACUGCCCUUACAUACAAGCUUAGCGCCAAUGAAAAGGCAUGCUUUUACUCCAACGUCGACAAACAAGGUGCCAAAAUAGCCUUUUACUUCGCUGUUCAAGCUGGAGGAUCUUUUGAUGUGGAUUAUGAGGUUGUAGGUCCAAACGAAAGAGUUAUCAUGAAGGAAGAGAAAGAGCGACAAGGCGACUUCGUCUUCACUGCCACAGAGGUCGGAGAAUACAGGUUUUGCUUCAACAAUCAAAUGAGUACUUUCGCAGAAAAGUUUGUCGACUUCGAAAUUGCUGUUGAGAACGAACCUCGAGCUUCGAUACCUUCGAAACAAGGCACAACUCCCGAACAAACGUCGGCAUUGGAAGAAUCUAUCUUUAAGCUCUCAGGCCAGCUCUCUACCAUUACAAGAAACCAAAAAUACUUCCGCACAAGAGAAAACCGCAACUUUAGCACAGUGAGAAGUACUGAGAGGAGGAUUUUCAACUUUAGUGUUAUUGAAAGCUUGAUGAUGAUGUGCAUGGCUGCGCUACAAGUCUUUAUUGUUCGAUUCUUCUUCCAGGGUGCCAGAAAGGGUUAUGUUUGA